AUGGCAAAAGUAAACAUAUGUGACGUCGAAGUUUUGAGUAACCCUGCCACCUUCUUCGACAAGUUUAAGUUCAAGAUAACGUUUGAAUGUCACGAACCUCUUGAAGAAGACUUGGAGUGGAAAGUUGUUUACGUGGGCAGUGCAUACAACUCCGCAUUGGACCAGACUCUCGAUUCGAUUUUGGUUGGACCCGUGCCAGUUGGCCGACACCAGUUUGUUUUCGAGGUAACUAUUGCAUCUAACAUUUAUGGUACUCAGGUUGAUCCGCCGGAUCCCAAAAAAAUUCCAGCUGAAGAUCUCGUUGGCGUCACUGUGGUCUUGAUUCAGGCUCUCUAUCGAGACCAGGAGUUUAUCCGUGUUGGAUACUAUGUAAAUAAUGAAUAUACAAAGGAAGAACUCCGCAAUGAGCCUCCUCCAGAGCCCCUGCUUAGCGAGGUACGUCCUGCUGUCACUCUGCUACACUUUAACAUUAUGUACAUUUACUUUUUGUUGGCAUCUGCCUAG